UGCUCUCAGCACACAGCAGAUACAUUCCUGUUCAAAAUAUCAUCACCUGCUGUUCCAGGAGACGCAGCCAGCAGCUGAAAUCCAGUCUGAGGAGGCGUUCAGGGACUUCAGUAGCUGGAGCCAUGGCAGUCAGCUGGAUCAUUCUGUUCUAUGGCCUGGGACUGGCAGCAGCUAAGCUAACGGGUGAUACAGAAAGGGAUGUUGAUGAAGGUCGUGACUGGGACAUCUUUGACAUCAAUGAAGCGGCGGGGCUGGACCUGCUGGAGGGAGAUAUCGAACAGGACGAUGCAUUCAGAAACUCCAGAAUAGGUGACGAGUAUCGCUGGCCAACAACCAUUCCCUACUACCUAGAGGACAGUCUGGAGAUCAAUGCAAAGGGAGUGAUCCUGAAGGCAUUUGACCAGUACAGACUGAAGACCUGCAUUGACUUCACACCACGGAAAAAAGAGGAGAACUACAUCUCUGUGUACAAAGGUGGCGGAUGUUCCUCCUCCGUGGGGAACCAGCGUAAGGGGAAGCAGCAGCUGUCCAUUGGUGAAAGGUGUGACACACUAGGAAUCGUUGAGCAUGAGUUUCUGCAUGCUCUGGGCUUCUGGCACGAGCAGUCCAGAGCUGACCGAGAUGAUUACGUCAACAUCAUAUGGGGAAACAUCGAAACUAAUCAUACACACAACUUCAAGAAAUACGAUGACACAGUGUCCAGUGCUCUUGGUGUUCCCUAUGACUACGGCUCUGUAAUGCACUACAGCAAGGAUGACUUCAGCAAGAACUCUGAGCCCACCAUCGUCACCAAGAUCCCCCAGUUCAUGGAUGUGAUCGGUCAGAGGAUAGGGAUCAGCGCUAGUGACCUUACCAAGCUCAACCGUCUCUACAACUGCACCAAGUCUUCUACCUUUGUGGACAGCUGUGACUUUGAGGAGGACAACAUUUGUGGGAUGAUUCAGGGUCCCGGCAAUGCAAAAUGGGAACGACUCACUUGUGCUCGUGGAGGGCCUCAGACUGACUUCUCCAACAUGGGACAAUGCAAAGGAAAAGGCUACUUCAUGCACUUCAGCACAGCCUCUGCUAAAUCUGGUGCCCGUGCUCUACUGGAGAGUCGCUGGUUUUACCCCAAACCUGGAGCCCAGUGUCUGCAGUUCUUCCUCUAUAACAGCGGGGCAGCUGAUGAUGUUCUCAAUAUCAAGGUGCGACAGUAUGACAAGGCCAACCCCAGCGGUAAACUGAGGCUCUUCAAGAGAAUUUCAGUUCUCCUUACAGGAGGUGUUAUGGGCUCCUGGGAACUGCAUAACAUCAAUCUGGAUAUGACACAGAAGUCCCGUGUGGUUUUUGAGGGCGUGAGGGGAAAGAAAAGUUCAAAUGGAGGUUUCUCGCUGGAUGACAUUAACCUGUCAUCCACAAAGUGUCCUCAACACACCUGGCACGUCCGCAACAUCAGCUGCCUGCUUGCCACCACGUCAGCAGAAAAACCACUGUACAGCCCUCGCUUUCUGUCACCAGAAGGUUACACCUUUCAGGUCAGUGUGUACAUGAACAGGAAAAGCAACCGUUCAGAGUACUUGGCCAUCUUCUUCCGCCUGACCUCAGGCCCUAAUGAUCACAAACUCAAGUGGCCAUGUCCAUGGCGACAGGCAACCAUCACCCUGAUGGAUCAGAAGUCUGACAUCAGACAGCAAAUGAACAUGCACCGCAUGUUCACCACUGACCCCAACAUGAAGUCCUCUAAUGGCACUGAGUACUUCUGGGAUAAUCCCAAGAAGGUGGGGUCUCGAGUAAAUGAGUCUAAUGGCAGCUUUUACUAUCGAGGCCCAGGCUAGAAAAAAUAACAAUUCAUCAACCACAGCAGCCUAAAGAGCAGAAACUUCAUCAAAGGAGACAAUGCCUUCUUCCUCCUCAGUCUGGAAGAUAUCUCUCAUCUCCUGGUAUCUCAGCCUCUUCCCCGCUCUGCAGUCCAAGCUGACGCCGAUCUAAUGUUGGCUGCAGACCAAGGUGCUCCGCAGGGAGCAGGGAUGAGCAGGAGUAGGAGACAGCAGGAGAUCGAAAAGCUGCCGAUCAUACAGGACAUGUCCUGAUUCACAGAAUGGCAGACGUCCCACGAUUUACCAUCUCCUCUCACCACUCCAUGAUGUCCCGAUCAGAGAAAGCAAUCAGCACUAACAAGGCAAGAGAUCACAUUACUACAUGAUCUCUACAACCAUGGGCACCAAAUUAUAGUUAAAAGUGGAGGAGCGGAGGGUCUGGGGCUCCUCUCUAUAUCUAUUAUUUUACCAAGCCACUUUGCAUGAAACCACGCCUACUUCCGCAUGACGAAAGUGAGGUGAAACCACGCCCACUUCCGCAUGACGAAAGUAAGGACCUAGAUAUCAAGGCCUGAUGACUGGCUGCCAGCCUACUGCUAGCCAGCCCUCUGUGCGAUAUACCUGCGGCCCCUCUGAAUUAUUUCCCCCCAGAAUGUUUGUUGAUCCAGCGGGGAGUUGGGGGGCGGUCCAGUCACUGAAGGUCCAUGAAAUUCAUAGUGUGGAAAAUACAGUAGGUUGGAAAAUAGCAACAUGGGUAGUUAAAGAGAAGCUUUGCUGAUUUUCAACCAGCUCUGUGUCAUCGCAGUGUGUGCAAGCAAAAGUUCGGUGGACCUCCGGCAGCAAACAACCUUCCAGCGCUUAUAGCACAAUGGAGAGCCAAACACUUGGAGUUCCCCGCUGCGCAUACUUCCUACACUGUGAUCACCAAGCUGGUUUGAAAUCAGCAAACUUUCCCUUUAACAGAUGUAACACCUUAAAUUCAGUCAGCGACUGUCAGUAAAAAACAUGUAACACUGUACAAUAAAGAUGAACAUGACAGCUCCCCAGAAGUGAUCACCCCCUGGUGGCUGGAUGCAGUAUAGGUUAUAAACCCCGCUGCCUCAAUGUUUAGCAGAUGAGACAUGGGCCAAACUAAAAAAAUCAAAGUGCAUGCCAAAUGAAUUUUUACCCAAAACCAUCUGUUAUUUUAGGUAACUCUUAUAAUGUUCAAGUGUGGUGCUCAAAAGUGGUUUGACAUCAUGAUUGACAACUCUGUGGAGAGUGCCACUGCGCAGACUCUGGUAUCUGAUAUCACCAACAUGAAAUGGCAAUGGACGUAUCCAUGAUAUUUUGACUUUUUUUGUAUGGAGGGAGUGGAGACACAUAGUCCAUCUUUUAAGACAGUCUAUGGUAAAAACAGACACAUGGAUACAUAAAGGAAAUAAAGGGACAAUGAAAGCUAACAUCCUGCCGCUAAGAAGAGGGAUGAGAGGAGUAGAGCUCCUUUGUGUUUUGUGGCAACGGUGGUGUUCAAAGCCACUGAUGAACUCAAGCUGUGCUGUUGUUUAAAUGACCCCCAGCAUGCCACAGUGAGUGUUACUUGCAGCCAAUAAUCGGGCCUUGACGUCUGGCAGCCUGCUUUCGUCAUGCAGAAGUUUCAUUUAAAGUGAGUUGUAAUUUCCUUAAAGAAAAACACAAAAUUCAGGUGAGAGGUGACAAUUCAAAAUUUCAAAACAUCAUGUAGUGUAAUGCAGUGGGGCUCUCACACAUUCUGAUUUGCUUGCAAAUAUUUACUCUCUUGCAGAUUAGCUUCUCAUUUAAUGUUAUCUCUGCUGAGUCACACACGUAGGCAUGAUUUACUUAGUCCUCCUUUGUGUCUUUUGUUUGUAGAAGUAUCCUCUUAAAAUGUGAAUGUGGCACCUAUUCACUUUAAUGAUGCAUUUCAUUAGAAACACCUGGAUUUUAAUAGCUCAUCUGAGUUUCAGCAAGACUUCUGCUCAUGUUAACUUCAAACUGCAGACUGUCACCAAAGAGGCCGCUGUUUGUUUCACAUGUGAAUUUUAAGACAACCCAUCAUGUUUUUUUCUUAAUCUAACCAUGUGUGUUUGUUGCCUAAGUCGAAGGAAAUCAAACUAAGGACUAAGUAUUUUACCUAUGUUGUAAGUACUUUUUUUUCAAAGUAUGCAUUUAGAGAGCAGAAACUGCAUUUCCUGUAAAAACAGAGGUGUAUCUUGUGAAAGAAACAAUCAACAUGCUGUACGUGAACAUCUAAAACAGACGCAGGAGGGUACCUAGCACAACACACCUGCUCUGUGGGCCCAGUGAUACAGAAGCUCCAGGUUAUUUUACGCAUGGAAGUCGAACAUCUUUGGCUUCAUUUAUAACAUUAAAAGGAAUGAAUGGGGCUCCACCACCAAUACUGUAUCCAGGUCUCUAUACAUCCAUGGUGAGAAUGCGUCUGUCACAGAAAAUCUCCUGUCGUGUGUCACAUGUGUGAAGGGUCACAUCCAGAUCUGAAUCUUUAAACAUAGUCUGAGUUCAUAUGAGAAAACAGCUUUGGUUAGGAUGGGAAAUGUAGUUUUUAAUUCAUACUGCAUCCACUUAUCCAAACUAGCUUGAAUGUUUAAAGAAAGCAAAGAUUCUUGAUCAAAAAGUAGGGAUGCAAAAACACACCUCUGCUCCCCCAAGUGUAAUAGUGGGGGUGCAGCUGCUCAGCUUGCUCCAUUGCUCAGGCGACUCUGUCUACAGCAACUCCUUUUCAUGUAUAAUUUGAAAUAAAAAUCUUUAUGAGCAUGCAUUUUCAAA